ACCAAAAGUAAAAAACAGUGGUUUUCUGAGUCUGUAGUUUGUUAGGAGGAGAGAUCCUAACGCUUGCCAAUCCGCAUACCACUUGGCAGUUGGCACCUUCCUUUUAAGAAUGGCUGGAAAAAGGAAUCAUCGAACCAAAAAAAGUCCUAUUUAAUUACAUUCAAAGCAGACGAUUCCCCAUUACAAUCCCAGCUCGAUCACAUAAAUAUAAGGGGAAAUGCCCCUCUCCCGUCUCUUUUCGCAGUAAUCUACAAAGCAACAAAGGGAGAGAGAGAGAGAGAGAGAGAGAUAGAGAAAGAGGGGCUUAGCCAUGGGUGGUGGUGGUACGCAAGCUUUCUCCUUGGUUCUUCCUUCCCCAAGUUACAGACCACAAGAACCUGCAGGUGGGCUGUUGGUGGAGGAGAUGAGAUUCAGAACUACCCAUGGAAGAGGUGUUAGGUCAUUUCAAGUGCCAGUUAGUCGGAUGUAUAAUAAUAUUCUGAAUAGAUACCAUGCAAAACAGUGGUCCAGAUGUUGUUCACAAGAAUUCUUAGCCAAAACCUCCAUUGAGAAAACUGAGAAGCUUCCUACGAGGCAAUGUAGAUUAUUGAAGAAAUAUCGCCUUUCUGCAACAAUAGAGAAAGACUAUAUAUCAAGGAAUGCGGAUGCCGGAAAAUUUAGGACAUGGCUUUUGCAAAAAUUGAAUGCAUUCUACCUGUUUUCUCGUCCUCAUACCAUAAUUGGCACAGUUGUUGGAAUAACAUCAGUUUCCCUUCUUCCAGUUGAAACUAUUGCUGACCUAUCUCUGACAUUUUGGAUGGGUUUACUGAAGGCUUUGAUACCGGGAUUAUUGAUGAACAUUUAUGUGGUUGGAGUGAAUCAGUUAUUUGAUGUUGACAUUGACAAGGUCAACAAACCAAAUCUUCCACUUGCUUCGGGGGAAUUCUCAAUGGGGACUGGAGUAGCGUUGGUUGUUUUGUCUUCCUUAAUGAGCUUUGCCAUGGGAUUCAUGUUUCAGUCCCCACCACUCAUGUCUGCCCUUCUCAUUAGCUUUCUUCUUGGAAGUGCUUAUUCCAUUGAACUUCCCUUGCUCAGAUGGAAAAGAAAUGCAUUUCUUGCUGCAACAUGUAUCUUGAUUGUGAGAGCUAUUGUUGUCCAACUUGCUUUCUUUAUGCACAUCCAGAAAUAUGUAUUUGGAAGGCCAGCAGUCCUUACAAAGUCAGUGGUAUUUGCGACAGUUUUCAUGUGUUUCUUUACAGCUGUUAUUGCGCUGUUCAAGGACAUACCUGAUGUGGAUGGGGAUAGGUAUUUUGGCAUUCAGUCCUUUAGCGUCUCUUUAGGCCCAGAAAGAGUUUUCUGGCUUUGCAUCAAUUUGCUGCUGCUGGCAUAUGGCUCUGCUGUGGUGGUUGGAGCUUCUUCAGAAUUCUUAUAUAGCAAGCUUCUUAUCGUACUGGGCCACUUCACUCUCGCUUCAAUUCUUUGGUUCCGUGCCCGAUCUAUUGAUCUUACAAAUAAAGCAUCCAUAACUUCCUUUUACAUGUUCAUAUGGAAGCUAUUUUAUGCGGAAUACCUUCUUAUCCCGUUUGUUCGCUGAGGAUGCUGCUCUAGAGUUCAGAUGCAUAAAGAGGUGAAGAUUUUGCUGGGUUAGUGGAAAUGAGGGCUAGCUCGGCCGGCUUUGGGCUUUAAACUCUGCUCAUCGGAUUAUGGAGUGGCAGGAGAUGCUUAGUCUUCGACUUCAUUUCUUGAUCAGGGACUUCUUAAUGAGUUUCAGGAUCUGCCAACAACCCUUUCAGAUGUUCUACACUUCAUUAUUAAUUACUUGAUAUUUGGUGUUGAUAUUGUGAAUUCAUCUUCAUACAAAGGUCUCUUCCUGACCUUCAAAGAACUUGGGAUUGAUCCAUCUGCAUUAUCAACAGUAGGAGGGGAUAAGUAUUUUUAUUUAAUAUCUUUUUGUGGAUAAUCUAAGAUAUAUUGAUCAAGAAAUUAAUAGUGCAAUAACCUGCAGCUUAUCAGA